GCCGGUCCCCUCUCUCUCGAUCCUGCGUCCUGAGAAACCCUAAGCGCUUCCUCUCUCUCGAUCUCUCUUCCGGGGUGGCGCGCGCUCUCUCUCUGCCUCUCCGCUCUCCUCGCUCGCCCUCUCCGCUCUCUCUCCCUCUCGCUUGCUCUCGCCCUCCCAAAACCUAAGACGCGGUGGUGAUCUCCGCCGGUGUCGCGAUCUCCGCACUCGCCGUCGACGGUGCGAUCUCCGCGAAGACGCUUCGAAACCCUAGCGCCUUCACCAUCCCGCGAUAUACGUGGUCUUGCGGCCGCCGCCGCCGCCGCAGUCUCAGGCAGAGACGCUCCAAUUUCCUUUCUCUUCACUGUCGUGUGAUUAUCAGACAUUGGCUCGCAGCUAUAGAAACAGAGGAGGAGAAAGUAAUUUUUACUUGAAUUCUAGUUCAACCGAAGUGUGCUUCGACCCGAACUUCACUUUCUGUGAAAUAAACGGGCCUUUACCUGCGAGUUUGCAAAACACUAAGCUAAGAGUUCCCCAUUGACUCCUCUCCAUCAUCCAACAAUGGCUGGCGCCCGAGGCGAAGAGGCGGCAUCGGAGACUGUGGAGUCGGUCCACUUUAGCUUUUAUAAUGAGGAGGAGAUCCGCAAAAUCAGUGUUAAAAGGAUCACAAAGCCUGAUCUCCUUGAUACCAAGAAUGUUCCUGUUUCUGAUGGAUUGUACGAUCCAGCUUUGGGUCCGAUCAAUGAUACUGAUUCCUGCAAAACGUGUGGCCAGCUUUCUGUUCGUUGCCCCGGCCAUUGUGGUCAUAUAGACCUUGCUAGACCAAUUUAUAACCCAUUGUUGUUCAAGAGUCUUCAAACUCUUCUUCAGAUUACUUGCUUCAGUUGCCAUAAUUUUAAGUUGGACCAUGAAAAGGUCAGAAGAUAUACCUCCCAACUCAAACUUAUAUUAGAGGGCGACAUUAUUGGGGCUAGAAAUUUAGAAGCUGCAUCAUGGAAUCAAUUAAAUUCUUCUGAAAAUGAGACAGUGAGUUCUGCUGAUUGUACCGGAGAAUCCUUUUCAUCAAAUCCGAAGCAACGAACAUGGACUUCCCUUCAAUACACUGAGGCUCUCUCUGUCCUUUCCAAGUUGAUGAGAGAGAAACGUAAGAAGUGUAAUAAUUGCGAGGCUAAAAAUCCAACAAUUACCAGUCCUACAUUUGGGUGGCUGAACAAGAUUGUGCGUUCAUCGGAUGUAAGGGCAAAUAUAAUAGCUCGGUCUGAGAUUGAACAAUCCUCCACUGUGGAACAAAAUGAUGAAGCUGAUACAAUAGCAACCAAAAAAGCUAAAAGACAAACACGGCGUCUUCCUGAUGAAUUAGCUAAGCAGAUGUUAUCUUCUGGGCAGAAACAUCUAUUUCCUGUGGAGGCCGAAAAUGUUUUAGAGGCUCUGUGGAAAAAUGAGGCACGGCUCUGCAUGCUGAUAUGUGAUAUACAGCAGAAAAGUUUAACUGUAUGUAGAAGGGAAAAAGGCUACCAGAUGUUUUUUCUCAGGGCUCUUCUUGUCCCACCAAGCAAGUUCCGCCCGCCGGCUGGGAGUUCUACCCGUGGGGUUUUAGAACAUCCACAAAAUGUAUUAUUAAGUAAAGUUCAAGAGUCUAACAUUGCUUUGCGGAAUCUAAUUGCGCUUGAUCCCAAUCAUCCUGAUGUCUCAAAGAGAUGGAUGGAUCUUCAAAGAAGCGUGAAUGUGCUGUUUGAUAGUAGUAAGGGCUCCGUCAAAAGUGAGAAGGAGACUAGUGGUAUACGUCAGUUAUUAGAGAAGAAGCAAGGAAUACUUCGACAGAAAAUGAUGGGAAAGAGAGUUAAUUUUGCAUGCCGGUCGGUCAUAUCUCCUGAUCCAUACUUGGCAGUCAAUGAAAUAGGAAUUCCUCCAUAUUUUGCUUUGAGAUUGACAUAUCCUGAGAGAGUGACACCAUGGAAUGCCAAUAAACUACGUCAUGCCAUCAUAAAUGGUGCAGAUAUUCAUCCUGGAGCUACACAUUACAAGGACAAAGAGAGCAUGUAUAAACUCCAAGUUGGGCCAAAUAAACGUUAUGCAAUCUCUAAGAAGUUGCUUACAUCUAGAGGAGCUGUUGGGCAACAAGGAAAAGGCCCGGAAUCCGAGUUUGAAGGGAAAGUUGUUUAUCGUCACUUACAAGAUGGCGAUAUAGUACUUGUUAAUAGACAGCCCACUCUUCACAAGCCGAGCAUGAUGGCUCAUUUUGUUCGUGUUUUAAAAGGAGAGAAGACACUUCGUAUGCACUAUGCUAAUUGCAGUACUUACAAUGCUGAUUUUGAUGGAGAUGAAAUGAACGUGCACCUUCCACAAGAUGAAAUUUCUCGUGCUGAAGCCAUUAAUAUUGUAAAUGCCAAUAAGCAGUACAUUGUUCCAACAAGUGGAAAUCCUAUAAGGGGUCUGAUCCAGGACCAUAUUGUAAGUGCUGUACUCCUUACAAAGUUGGACACUUUUUUGACCCGUGAAGAGUAUCAUCAACUUCUCUAUGCUUCCUGUGUGCCUACAUCUUCCAGUUCUCAAGGUAGUAGGUUGGGCCAAAAGCUUUCUUUAAGUAGUUCGGGCAAUGAGAUAGAGCCACUUCUUCCUGCUAUUUGGAAGCCCAACCCACUAUGGACAGGGAAACAGGUUAUCACUGCAAUCUUAAACUAUGUUACAAAAGGCCGACCACCUUUUACUCUUGAAAGUAAAGCAAGGAUCCAAAAGGAAUAUCUAACUGGAAAAGAUCACCCUGAACUCAAGUUGUAUAUUCAUGAUAAUGAGCUCAUACAAGGAAUUAUAGACAAGGCUCAGUUUGGAAAGUACGGCAUAGUUCAUACUGUCUAUGAGCUCUACGGUGCAGAUACAGCAGGAGUUUUGCUUUCUGUGUUUAGUCGCUUAUUUACAUUGUUUCUGCAGAUUCAUGGGUUUACGUGUGGAGUGGACGACCUUCUACUGUCUCAGGAUUCAGAUCUGCAGAGGAGUAGAAUAUUAGGAAAAAGUGAAAAAUGUAGUGAAGAAGUUCAUAUGAGAUUUACUGGUACUAAGGGUGGUGAUCGAGACCCAGUGAAGCUACAAAGGAAGGUUGAGAAAGUCAUACGGAGUCACGGAGACUCUGCGACUAUUACCUUGGAUAGAAUGAUGUCGAAUGCUCUGAAUGCUCUAACUUCUGAAGUGAAUCAAUUACUAUUUCCAAAUGGAUUAGAGAAGCCUUUUUUAGAAAACUGCCUCUCUCUUAUGACUGCAACUGGAGCUAAAGGUGGUUUGGUGAAUAUGACACAAAUAUCUUCUCUGUUAGGACAACAAGAAUUAGAAGGAAAACGUGUCCCACGCAUGGUCUCUGGAAAGACGUUGCCUUGUUUUCCGCCUUGGGAUACUUCAUCUCGUUCCGGUGGAUUCAUUGGCGAUCGCUUUUUGACUGGCCUUCACCCUCAAGAGUAUUAUUUCCAUUGCAUGGCUGGUCGCGAUGGACUGGUGGACACUGCAAUUAAAACAUCUCGCAGUGGUUAUCUGCAAAGAUGUCUUAUUAAGAAUCUUGAGUGCUUGAAAGUCUCUUAUGAUCACACAGUUCGCGAUGCGGAUGGGUCGAUAGUCCAGUUCAGUUAUGGGGAAGAUGGUGUCGACGUCCUUAAAACUAGCUUCCUUGCUAAAUUUAGAGAACUUGCUGAUAAUCGAAAAGUUAUUAUGGACAGGCUUAGCAGUCAGCUCGGUGACGUGCAUUUGUCAAAAUCUAGUGGUUUCAUCAAUGAAUUGCCAUUCGAGCUGAGAGAUAAAGCAAGUGAAUUUGUUCAUCUAUCAAAAAAGAAACAGCAAUGCCGCUUUGAAAUAAAGCGAAAGGACUUGAUGAAGUUAUUGAAGGUCAAGUAUCUAACCAGUCUUGCUGAGCCUGGUGAGCCCGUGGGUGUAGUUGCUGCUCAAUCUGUUGGAGAACCAUCAACUCAGAUGACGCUCAACACUUUUCAUCUUGCUGGAAGAGGAGAAAUGAAUGUGACACUUGGAAUACCUCGCCUACAAGAAAUUCUGAUGACCGCAUCAGACAAUAUCCGAACUCCCAUUAUGAAAUGCCCGCUGCUUGCGUCCACAACUCUGGAGGAUGCUGAACGAGUUGCUGCGAAGUUGAGGAGGAUCUCUGUGGCAGAUAUUAUAGAAAGUAUGGAGGUCCAAAUCGUUCCGUUCUCCAUUCAAGGGAGUCAGGUCUCAACAGUUUAUAAGUUAAAGAUGCACCUCUACCCUUCUGAGCUUUACCCUUCUUAUUCCGACCUAAAAUUACAAGAUUGCCUAUCAACCCUACGUUCAACCUUUGUCCUCGCUAUGGAAGAAGCCAUAGAAAAACACUUAGACUUGAUAGACAGAAUUAACAAUAUCAACACUGUUACUACUAAAGACGAUAACUCAGCAAACGAAGUUGAUGAAGAAGAAAGUAGUAGACCAGCCAAUGAAGAGGAGGGAGACGGAGGUGAUGACGAUGAUGACAUAGGUGGUGAAGACCAAGGAACAGAUGCAGAAAGGAGGAAGAUGCGAAAGAGCGACGAAGUGGAGUAUGAGGAUGGUAUAGAAAAUGAGGGGAGGGGUACUGUGGCAAAUGAUGAUGAACAAAAUGAAGAGCACAAAUCAGGAUUUGAAAGUGAGAUUGAUCAAGUCGAGACAGAAGAUGAUUAUACCAUGGGAGGGGAAACUACUGUUGAGAUUGAGAGAGAAGAGGAGCCAGAUAGCCCAAAAAAAUCCGAGGGUUUUCCUGCAUCUGAUGAUGGAAAUAUGGAAGUUAAAUCAGUCAAGAAGGAAAAGAAAUUGGAGAGGAAAAUGGUGAAUACUAAGAAGAGUAAGAGAAAGUUGAACAGGACUAUUCAUGUGGAGGCUAAUGGUUUGAAUUUUGAGGUUCACUACAUGUUCAGGGACGAACCUCGGGUAUUACUGGCUGAGAUUGCUCAGAAAACAGCGAAGUCAAUCUAUGUAAAGUCGUGCAAGAGCAUCGAGCGGUGCUCAGUAGCCGAGCCGCAGAAGAAAGAGGAGACCCACAUGCUUCAAAGCGUUGGUGUGAACUUCCAAGCAUUCUGGGACUUGGAAGAAUAUUUAGACAUCAACAAACUCAUCUCCAAUGACAUACAUGCGAUGCUCAACACCUAUGGUGUUGAAGCUGCCAGGGCUACUAUCAUACGAGAAGUGAAGGAAUUGUUCCAGGCAUACGGGAUUGACGUAAAUAUCCGGCAUUUAAGCUUAAUUGCAGAUUUCAUGACGUUUAAUGGCGGGUAUCGACCAAUGAAUCGGUUGGGAAUGGGUGAAUACAACACUUCGCCGUUUGGGAAGAUGACCUUCGAGACAGCAUCGAAGUUCAUCGUAGGGUCGGCAUUCCAUGGGGAGGUCGACACACUGGACGCCCCAUCAGCAAGCAUCUGCUUAGGUCAGCCGGUGAAGUUCGGGACCGGUUGCCUCGAUCUGAUGCAGAACCUGGUAUAAUUAUAUCCGAGUUUGAAGUUGAGCAGAGUACGCAUUUGCUAUGUAUCAGCUGUGGUGUAAGAGGUGAAAAUAUGCGGCUGCUCCGAUUUGUACAUGAGAGUAUGAGAUGCAAUUAACAUAAAGAUGUGUAUUUGUUGGCUAAUUAUGAUAUGUACUCUCUGACAGUAUUUAAGAGGAAUGAGAGAAUUUUGGCAGUUACAUUCUUUUCAUGUAAAGUGAUGAAAGUUAGGAUAGUCUUUACUUCGGUGGGACCAUAAUUCGGAACGAUAUUUUCCCGAUACACAAAUGUAUUUGUUAUAGUUCUCUGAUCAAAUGUUGAAUCCUUGUAGAACAAGAAUCUAUUUCCGGCACCUAUGUUGAAACCUGUAAACUAGAGGUUGAUACAGCAAUUUAUAACCUUUUCAUUGAGA